CUGUAGUUUCAUUCUGUUUUAACAAUAUUUGACUCUUCAGUGUUCCCAGUGCCCCAAAACCUUCCUAACUCGGACGGAGCUGCGUGUGCACGAAGCAGCCAAACAUCGAGGGGAGAAGCCGUUUGUGUGUGAGGAGUGUGGCCAUCGAGCGUCCAGUCGAAACGGCCUGCAGAUGCAUAUCAAAGCCAUUCACAGGAAUGAGCGGCCUUUUGUAUGUACCCUGUGUGGCCAUGCAUUCUCCCAGAAGAACAACCUGAACAUGCAUCUGCGUAUACACAGCGGUGAGAGGCCUUACCAGUGCCAUCUCUGUGGGAAGACCUUCAGGACUCAAGCCAGUCUUGAUAAACACCAGCGGACACACACUGGUGAGCGUCCGUUCAGCUGUGAUGUGUGUGAGCAGCGAUUCACAGAGAAAGGCGCGCUCGUCCGUCACAAGGCCAGCAAACACGAGGAGGGUCGACCCCACUGCUGUCAAAUCUGUGGCAAGACCUUCAAAGCGAGGGAGCAGCUGCGUGUUCACCUACGUCGCCACAAGGGAAUGAGGAAGUUUGAGUGCAUAGACUGCGGCUACAAGUUCACUCGGCAGGCACACUUGCGACGGCACACUCAAAUCCACAAACGCACGGAGAACUACAACCCCCGGCAGAGGAAGCUGAGGAACCUGGUGGUGCAGGAAGUGGAGGGAAGUCCUGAUGAGAGCGAAGCUACGAAAGACAAGGAAGACUCUCUGAUGGCCGGGAAGACCAAUUACAUCCAAGAGGCAACCGCUGACGUCCAGGAACCCACAAACCCAGAGCCAGGAGCUCUCGUAGUGGGGGUGGUGAUGGAGUCGAGCGUCCCUGUGAUGGAGGAGGCGUCCAAUCAGAACCUGGGACACGUCGGGGCGGCGGAGAGCUUCUCUGUGCCAGAAGUGUUGCAGCAAACACAGCUGGACACCGAGGCGUUCGAGUCCACGAUAAAUGCAGAGAACGUUUGAGAACAUACCCCUCAGAGUUGAAGUCACUGUGAAGACCAUUUGCUAAUGAGAAGCACUUACUGUACAUUAGAUGUGAUUUAAGGACAUUUACCGAUCCAAAGAUGGAACUGGAACAUGGCCAGCUACUUCUGAGUUUCUAGAGAAGAGCAUUACUAAUUAUCAGGCUUUUCUUUUUGGUAAAUGAACUGCAUGCU